GCGGGAUGGCUCCAGCCGGGCAGCUCUGCGCGAGGGCUGCUGGCUCCCGGCAGCACACAGAGGUGCCCCCAGCCCUCAGGGGUCCGGUGGGCCCACGGCGAGCACCGGUCGAGUACGUGCCCUGCACUUGCCUCCUGGCCAGAGGGUAUUUCCAGGCCCCACUCGCUCCGCAGGGUUUCCUCUGCAAGAAUGAGCCAUCGCCUCCUUUGGUGGGUCUGGUGUCAUCAUUCGCAGAGCGGUAAUCACAAAAUACACCAAGGAGAAAGAAAUAACUAUGUCAGGAGGAAGGGGCAGCACCUCUGUGUGCAAAUACAGUUCUGUUUCAACAACCCCAGCCCCAAAACGCACCCGCCCAGGGAGCAGAGGGGACAGAAACCCGCGCGGUGAGGCUGGUCCCCGCGCCUCAGCCCUGCGCUCGGAAAACUGCUCUCCCCCCUCCUGCCUUUGAUCAGAGGAUGGGUUUCUCUGCCGGCUGCUCUCGGUGCUGUGGGUUUCCAGCGGGAGGUGGGGAAGCGCAGUCAGCCUGACCCUCCCCUCCUCGGAUCUGUCAUCAGCAACAGAAAAAUCCUUCCCGUCCCCCAAGUUACUCAGCCUGAAUCCUGCAGGAUUUGCCGGGGCGGCAGGAUGGCAGAGCAGCCCUGCCCGCCGCCCGCCGCCAGCCCUCCCCGGCAGGACACGGUCCCCCAGAUGGGUCCCACGGCCGGCCCCGCACCCCCGGGACCCCAAACCCACCCCAGGGACAAGUGGAGCAAAAAAAUGGAUUUCCUCCUCUCAGUCAUCGGAUUCGCUGUGGAUCUGGGCAACGUCUGGAGGUUCCCUUACAUCUGCUACCAAAACGGAGGGGGAGCCUUUCUCAUCCCAUACACACUGAUGGCUGUUUUCGGAGGGGUGCCUCUCUUCUACAUGGAGCUGGCCCUGGGGCAGUUCCACAGAACGGGCGCCAUCCCCAUCUGGAAGCGCAUCUGCCCCAUCUUUAAAGGCAUCGGCUUUGCCAUCUGCAUCAUCGGCCUGUACGUCUCCUUCUACUACAACACCAUCAUCGCCUGGGCUCUCUAUUACUUCUACUCGUCCUUCUCGGGCACCCUGCCCUGGGCGAGCUGCGACAACCCCUGGAACACGCCCGACUGCACCAACUACUUCGGGAGAAGCAACGUGACCUGGACCAACUUCUCCAGGUCCCCCGCCGAAGAGUUUUAUACGAGGAAGGUCCUGGAGAUACAAAAAUCCGGAGGGCUGUACGACAUCGGGGGGAUCCACUGGCAGCUGCUCCUCUGCCUCUUCCUCAUCUUCACCAUCGUCUACUUCAGCCUGUGGAAAGGGGUGAAAACCUCUGGGAAGGUGGUGUGGGUGACGGCCACGCUGCCCUACGUCGUCCUCCUCGUCCUGCUGGUCCGGGGGGCCACCCUGCCCGGCGCCUGGAGAGGGGUUGUCUUCUACCUGCGCCCGGACUGGGGCAAGCUCCUGAGCACCGCGGUUUGGGUUGAUGCUGCUGCACAGAUUUUCUUCUCCUUGGGCCCUGGAUUCGGUGUCCUCCUUGCUCUGGCCAGUUACAACCAUUUCCACAACAACUGCUACCGGGACGCGCUUGUCACCAGCGCGGUGAACUGCCUCACCAGCUUCCUCUCGGGCUUCGUCAUCUUCACCGUGCUGGGCUACAUGGCUGAGAUGAGGGACGUGGAGGUGGAGGAUGUCGCGAGAGAUAAAGGGCCGAGCCUCCUUUUUAUCACCUACCCUGAAGCAAUCGCCAACAUGGUGGGAUCCACUUUCUUUGCCAUCAUAUUCUUCCUGAUGAUGAUAACGCUGGGGCUGGACAGCACGUUUGGGGGCUUGGAGGCCGUGAUCACGGCCGUGAUGGACGAGUACCCCCAGGUGCUGGCCGGGCGACGGGAGCUCUUCGUCCUCGGCCUCAUCACAGUCUGUUUCCUGGGCUCCCUGAGCACCCUCACCUACGGGGGAGCCUACGUGGUGAAGCUGCUGGAGGAGUUCGGUGCUGGGUGCUCAAUCCUGGCAGUGGUGCUACUGGAAACGAUAGCUGUCUCCUGGUUUUACGGGAUACAGAGGUUCUCCCACGACGUGAAAGCCAUGCUCGGCUUCACCCCGGGGGUGUUCUGGAAGGUGUGCUGGGUGGCCAUCAGCCCUGCCUUGUUAGCCUUCAUAGUCAUCAGCUCCCUCCUGGACCAGCCGCCUCUGACGCUCUUCGACUAUCAGUACCCCGAGUGGAGCAUCUCCGUGGGGUACCUCAUAGGAGCAUCGUCCUUCAUCUGCAUCCCCUUCUACAUGGUGUACAAGCUUGUCUGGACGCCGGGCUCUCUCAAGCAGCGCCUCGCCGUCUGCAUUCGGCCGGAGAAGACCACACGAGACCCCCAAGCAGAGGCGGUGUGCAUGUCACCCGUCCUGUAGCCCGGCGGCACAUCCAGGGGACGCAGAGACUGCUUCGGCUUCCUGCUCCUGCCCCGACAAAGCAACGGGGCGGGCAGAAGAGAAGCUGCCAUCACCUUCCUCACAGCAACCGGCCCCUCGCCUCUCCCCCGGCGGCUGCACGUGCUGGUGGCGGCUCCCCGGCCACCGGCUCCCGGCGUGUCCGAGCAUCUCGGUGGAAGCGGCAUGGCCAGCACGUGCUGGAGCCUGUUCUCACUGCGGGCAGGAAAAACCCCUGAUCCACAGUAGGGAGAACGGGACCCGGUUCUCAUCCCCGAGAACAGGGACAAGAGAACUGAGUCCCUCAGGGCUGGAAGGUAAGGGCCAAACUCCUCUGUUUUGGAGGUGAAACCCCAACUCCCGGUGCAGACGGCGGCACAGCUGCGGAGGGAUUAUUGCUUUGGGGUGAGCGGUGCAUGCCUUUAGCUGUGCUGUGUAAAAUAAAGGUGGUAUCAGUUGUGAGGAGACCAGGCGAGGGAGAGGA